AUGGAUACCAAACUGCUUGAACAAGACUUACUCGAGCUGUCUCGGACUGUCUCCUCAUACCCGGCCAUCGACAACCACGCCCAUGCCUUCCUGAAGAUCGAGAACCGCGAUGCGAUGCCCUUUGAGGGACUGAUAUCCGAGGCGACAGGACCCGCGUUGACUGAGGAUGCGAUACAUACGUUGGCUUGCUACCGCGCUACAGCACAGCUGGCGAAGCUCUUCGGCCUCGGAAGGGAUGCCACCUGGGAGGAUGUGAAGAGGAGGAGGAGAGAGCUGGAGUACGACCAGUUAUGCCGCCUGUGCAUGGAGCCCACGCGGAUCCAGUGCAUACUGAUCGACGAUGGUCUGUGGAUUCCCGACAUGGUCAACGACUACAGCUGGCAUGAUCGCUACACGGGCAGCCCCACAAAGCGUAUCGUCCGAAUAGAGGUGGUUGCACAGGACAUCCUCAAAGAUCUCAUUGAUGCGCAGGUCGCAGGCACGACCCUUACGCCUGUCAGCAUCUGGCAGUCGUUCGAGGCCAAACUCACGGCGCAGCUCAAGUCGAGCGCUGCGGACCCGGAGGUCGUUGGCUUCAAGUCGGUGGCGUGCUACAGGACUGGCCUCGACAUCAGUGUGAAUCAAGACUUUGCCAACCUCGAAGUCGGUGUCGUGCAACUCGCUUUGAGGUACGAGACCACGAGAACGAUGCGGUUGUCGGAGAAGGCUGUGAAUGACUACGUUGUGACCGCCGCCCUGCGCAUCGCAGGUGAGUGCGGUAAACCGGUGCAAUUCCAUACUGGGCUGGGAGACAACGAUAUCACGCUGUCGAAGUCGACGCCUGCACUGAUGCAGCCAGUCAUCAAGGCGUUCCCGAACACGAAGUUCGUCUUGCUGCACUCCAGUUACCCGUUCACCCAGGAAGCCGGAUACUUGGCGGCCGUCUACCGGAACGUCUUCCUCGACUUCGGCGAGAUCUUCCCUUUCUUGAGCGCGGACGGCCAGCGUGACGUUGUCAAGCAAGUACUGGAGCUAUGCCCGACGAACAAGAUCAUGUGGUCGACUGACGGCCACUUCUGGCCAGAAUCAUACUAUCUUGGCACUAUCCAAGCUAGGCAGGUGCUGUAUGAGGUACUAGAGGCUUCCAUGCGGCGCGGUGAGUUGACACUGACCCAAGCGACGAGCAUCGUCAAAAGCGCAUUCUUCGACACUGCGAACAAAGUGUACAACCUAGGUCUUCUGCCGCGCACUGUAUGA